CCCUUUGGUGUAGCUUGGCCCCUUUCAAGUUGAUGUUAUAGCAGCUUUGAGAGGAAACUGAAUUGCAGGCCAUCAGUACUGUGAUGGCCUCUGAUCCAGCCCAACAUGUUACAUGUGGGGAAACUGAGGCCCAAGGACUUAUGCGAGGUCAUACAGGGAGUUAGAGGCCCCAGACCCCUGGUCUGGGGGUUCAGACAGCUGCCUAAAGGCCACAGUGCAUAGGCCAGGCUGCCAGAAGGGCAAGGAGGUGGGAGGAAUCACAACUAGAAUUUACAGCUAACAUGUGUUACAACUGCGGCUUUGAAUGCCAAGUAUAGCUGACCUCAGACGCACCCAAUGACAAGCUGGCCUGGGAGUGACAGGGCUGAGGCCCAGGCUCCGACAAGAGGAUGAAAGGUCUCCGCUGGCGUUACACUCGGCUGCCCAGCCAGGUGGAGGAUGCUCUGUCCGGGGAGGAGGGUAAGGAAGAGAAAGGGGAAGAGGAGAAGGAGGAGGAGGCAGCCCCAGCCCCAGCUCCUGUUCCUGAAGAUCCCGCGGAGCCCCAGCUGGCAGAAGCCAGUCAGGUCCUGGGAGCCUCGGAGAUUAGGCAGCUCAGCCUUCACCUCCCUCCGAGGCUCACUGGACGCUCCUGGAGCCUGGCCUUCUGCACGUCGAGGGAUGGCUUCAGUCUGCGGAGCCUGUACAGGCAGAUGGAGGGCCACAGUGGGCCGGCGCUGCUGGUGCUCAGGGACCAGGACGGGCAGAUGUUUGGGGCCUUCUCCUCCUCGGCCAUUCGACUCAGCAAAGGCUUCUAUGGUACUGGCGAGACAUUCCUCUUCUCCUUCUCUCCACAGCUGAAGGUGAUGUUCUUAACCUUCCAGGUCUUUAAGUGGACAGGAAGGAACUCCUUCUUUGUGAAAGGAGACUUGGAUUCACUGAUGAUGGGCUGUGGCAGUGGCCACUUUGGGCUGUGGUUGGAUGGAGACUUGUAUCACGGGGUCAGCCACCCCUGUGCGACCUUCAACAAUGAGGUGCUGGCCCGGCAGGAGCAGUUCUGCAUCAAGGAGCUGGAGGCCUGGGUUCUGAGCUGAUGUCCUCGGGGAGGGCAGCUUCCUGAGGCUUGGACCUGCCCAUGGAUGCCACCUCCCUCUCACAGGGCAGCUUAUUCUGUCCCAAACGCAGAUGGUGAAGUGUCCUAGUGCUGACUGUGGUUGUGAGCCAGCCUCUCAUUGCCUGAGGACCAAGAUAGGCAUGGAGACAGGCAAUGUUCUCCUGGAGAGGGGACUUUGAAGGAGUCCAAGAAAAGACACGUGCACCUUACCCAAGCAGCACAAAGUGCCUCCUGAAAACGAUCUUUUUAGAAACUAUACAACUAAUACAUGUUUAUUAUAGAAAAACAGAAGAUAUAAAAAAUAGAAAUUGCCUAAAAUUCAACCACUCCUCGAAACACUAACAUCUUCAUGCACACUCUUCCGGACAAUCUUCCAAGGAGAUGCAUGUCUACAUCUUACGAGAUUCUACUCUAUGUGUUUUGGAAAUUAUUUUAACUUUAAAUACUGUCAAACCUCGGACAUCUGGACUCAACCACUGAAAUAAAUAAAGACUCCAGUGGCAUCCUUCUUUUCCUAGAACACUGAGGGCUUUCUGCCUGCCACCAUUGUGCUGGGUGCCUACAAAUCUCUUAUUUAAUUCCACGAGGAAACUAUGAAAGCAGCAAAUGAACAAUAUGCAUAUUUGGAUGAAGCUGAAAUUCUGUAGAUGGGAACCUCAUGUAGGUUAAAAAGGAGGAAGGAUACGUUCUCAGAACUCAGAGCUCAGAACUCCCCCCCACCAAUCCAUAUCCCUUCCCAUGUUAGUGCCUGUCUCCUGCCAGAAGAAUAUUCUUUAUUAGGUCAUUACUUGCCAUUAUUGAAUGAGGAAAACCAAGUAAUGGAGGUCCUGUUAAUACCAUCCCCUCACGUGCAGGCCCAACACAAGGUAUAAAGAAAUAUCUGGCACAUUCCUGGACAAAACACAGUUCCUUUGCACAAAGGGGUCAAAACUGAGCACCCAAGUGUGAGAGAAAGCCAUCAGGAAGACACGGUUUCAGGAUGGAGAUACAUUCAUGAAGCUUUAUUGCAGUUGUUUCCCUCACCCAGAUGAAGUGACCAGUCUCUCUGACCUGCAAUUCAAUUUACAUUCUCAGGGUGACAAUGCUCAGUAACUCUAGAGGCCAAGCUGUUAUAAGUCUCCAUUUUUCAUACAAAUAGUGAAGACUUCCUCAAGAAAAACUUAACCUUGUAAAUGGCACAUGGUUCCCAUAAUUAAAACAGUUGCAAAGAGCAUAAAGUGCAGCUGCCUUAUAUGUAACAAAAAAUGCAAACAAAAUAGAUUCAAGUUGUUUCUCAGAUAGCAUAAUGAUACAAUUGAGACCAAAACAUUCCACAGUAAAAUACAAUGAUUUAAAAGUAGGAGUUACAAAAAUAAAACAAUCUUAGCGGAGAAACAUUACAUUCUUGACCUUCGGUCUGAGACGGAUAAUUCUCCCUAUUGAAAGUUUAAGGGGCACCUUGACCAAAACAGAUAUGACCACUACCAUGGACCACUCUCCUUGUGCUUCUGUGAGACCACAUGUGACCACACACCCACCACACAGCAUUGUGGUGGGAGAGGAGAAGGGUUUUAACUAUUCCAUGAAUUAGGGGUCAACUCUUGAUUAUCUACUGAGGGAUAAGGGAGGGGUGAUAGGGCAGGACGGCAGACAUUCCAAACACAUGUUACCCUAGUGUCAACAGAACUUGGUUGCACAGUGGAAGGUGGCAGCACUCCUGAGACUCUGUGGAUAAUCAGCUGGCCUGUGGUCUGAGUUCCUCCCUCCCUCCCUCUUGUUUCUGCCCAGAGCCAGGGCCAGCCCCCUGACUCCCAGCCUGCCAGGGAAGCUUUUGUAAGGGAGUGUAGAAGCAUAACAUGUUAGGGGCUCAUGACUACACUCCCCACUGCCUUGCAUCUGGCAGCCAUCAGCUUUGGGUCUAACUCCAGACUUUGUUCUUGGUGAAUUUCUGUAGCCCUGGGGACGGAUGGGUUGGGACGGUGCCCUCAGCUCGGAAGCACUGCUCAACUACAGCAGUACUGACUCUGCUGCUGGAGGUAGAGAUACAAAGGGGAAUCUGGAAUUCACCAGGCAAUCGCUUCAUCUCAGCACAGGCAGCUCAGUGCUUGCUCUGAAACCCACAGCAUGCACUGAACUGGCAAAAACCAAGUCCCAGCUCUGAGGAGCCCUGAGGAUGGUUCUUGUGGUGACCUCUGAUCAGCACCCAAGUGAGAUGCAGAAGGCAGGUGGGAGGGGACCUGCCUUCUCCAGGCAGAGCCAUGGUAAAACUGUCAUGGCUUGGGCAGUAAGUACUCAGGAGAGAAAGAAACCAGCACAGGCUGGAGCCACAACCGACCCAGAGGGCAGCCUGGUUUGGGGGCUCCCUCUGCACUGGGGCUAAGGGUCUCCUAUCAGGUAGUUUUAUGUCCCACUUCAGAGGAGGCCAGAGCCCUCAGAUCUUCUCAACAGAUCAAUCAGGCCUUUCACUGAAAGGCUGGAGCCCACUCCUGGCCCUCAUCUGCUGUUCACCCCAACCUGGCAGCUUACAGGGGGCCAAGCGGGUGAGGGAAGGUGCCUUUCACCAAUGCUCCGAUCGCUCGGGGAGAUCUGCCCUCAAAGUCUGGGUGCUGGGCACCUCCUCAAGGGGCUAGGAUUUUACAUUUUGUUUUUAGCCACAGCUGUUCAUGACAAUCCCAAAUGCGAAUUCCAGUGUGCACCUUUGUCAUAAUAUAUCCAAUUUUUUUAAAAAAACAAUCGUAUGUCAUAAGAGUUCAGAAUACAUAAAAGAGCUGUUAUUCUAAGAAAAUAGGCUGAUAAAGAGGAAAGGCUUUGAUUAAUAUUAAAAAAUAGGCAAGGCAGUGCCUUCCAUAGCUCAUGUAACAAGAUUUGCCUAAUACCUGUUACUGUGAAUAAAAAUGACUUCGCCUGUGCGUACAUUCAUAAUGUGAAAUAAAAAGCACGAAUUGUCACUAAAUUCGUAGAGCUCCGUGAUUUGAACUCCCUAAAUUAAUUGCGUUGGGGAACAGGGGUGAGGCUUUUUGUAAACACCUGAUGGCAGACAUUCACAUCGA